AUGGUCGAAACAAGAAGUAGUAGACUUGAGCGACAAGAUGGUCAAGAUUCGACAGCAAAUACUUUGAAACGAACGGCUAUUGAGGUAGCACCGAAACUCACUAAACGCGCGCGUUCAAUAUCUAACGUCUCUUUAAUGCCAACCGCGUCAAUAGAGUUAAAACCAAAAGAAAUAAGUUUAUCUGAAAUUCAUGCACAGCUUCAGUCCAAAGCUUCCAAGCAAAAAGCUGCCAUUCUAACAAAAUACUUUCGUGUUGCAGAAUAUGGAGAAGGCGAUAUUUUAAUGGGCGUGAAGGUACCCGAUGUGCGUGCUAUAUCCAAAAGCCUGGGUUUUUUGUCAUAUUCAAUUUUAAAAGAGCUUAUUCAGUCAAAAUAUCAUGAGGAAAGACUAUUAGCAGUUAUAAAUAUAGUGACAAAAUUUAAAAAUACUCAAGAUCCAGCAGAGCUUAGAGAAAUUUUUGGAUUUUUUAUCGAGCAAAUGCGAGGAGGAGUUAAUAACUGGGACUUGGUUGAUUCAUCAGCAAACCAGAUCGUUGGAGAUUUUCUAAAAGAUAAACCUGAUAUUAAACGACUAUGGUUAUAUGAGAAACUAGCGGUAUCAAAACGACUCUGGGACAGAAGGAUUGCAAUAGUAUCUACACAAUGUUUUAUUAAUAAUGGUGAAUAUGAUGAUACACUGAAACUGGCUGAGAUGUUUUUAAAUGACACAGAGGAUUUGAUACAUAAAGCAACAGGAUGGACAUUAAGGGAGAUGGGAAAGAAGUCAAAGCAAACCCUUGUUGAGUUUUUAAAUCAACAUGCACACAAGAUGCCAAGGGUAAUGUUAAGAUAUAGUUUGGAAAAGUUUUCUGAACAAGAACGAAGAAAAUAUAUGACCAUAGGAAAAAGUAAAUAA